CAGCAGGUGGCGCUUUGCUCUGCAAGAGGUGGUUGUUUUACAUGAGCACGAGGACAAUACCACUGACACUCCAGACUCAGUUUGUGACCGUCUUCUUCUACGGAGUAAGUAGGCGCACCGGCGUGUUCGUUUGAACUACGGCGCCCUCCAUCGACUGAGUAAAUGCAGAAGAAUUGGAGCUUCUGUGUAGCCAGGCUGGCUACAACCUUCAUCAGAUCAUCCAUGAGAUGGAAGAGCAGUAGUGCAAGACCUUCUGCUCCACUGGGUUCACGGAUUCUUACCAAUCCUGAUGACAUCUUUAAGCACAACAUGUGGGAUCAUGUACAGUGGACAGAUGAACAUAAAGAAGAUGCAUGGCAGAAGGCAACAGAAAAUUCCAGUUUUCAACUUCCUUUAGCAGAGCAAGGUAAAUUUGACACAGAUGCCUGCCAAUAUUGGGACAAGUUUUAUGAGAUGCACCAGGAUAAGUUCUUCAAAGAUCGCAGGUGGCUGUUUUUAGAGUUCCCAGAGCUGCUUCCUCCAUGUGCAGAAGCUCAGGACACGAGCACACGUCACAGUCAUCAGCAGGCAAUUAUCCCACUUCGAAAAGGAUCAACAAUGGACACAGAGACAGGAAACCAUCAACACAGUGAUCCUAUUCAAAGCCACAGAAAAACAGACACCAUUUAUUAUCAGGAAGCAGCACAGGAACGAAAUGAAGCUGCCAUACAGACCACUUCUUUUCCUGGACAACAUGCAUCUUUCAGGAUUAUGGAGGUUGGAUGUGGAGUUGGUAACAGUGUAUUUCCCAUUGUUAAUAACAUCAAGGGAAAAGAUGCAUUUUUAUACUGCUGUGACUUCUCCCCGCGUGCCAUUCAGAUGGUUAAGAACCAUCCAGAUUACGACGACUCUGUGUGCCAUGCCUUUGUCCAUGACAUUUGCGAGGAGGUGGCCUCUUUUCCCUUUCCUCCUCAGAGCCUGGAUGUUAUCCUGGCGGUCUUUGUGUUCUCAUCCAUCCAUCCAGAUCGAUUGCAAGCAAUUGUAAACCGACUAUCCACAAGCCUGAAACAUGGAGGAAUAUUCCUCUUCCGAGAUUACGGGAGAUACGAUUUCUCACAACUCAGGUUUAAGAAGGGUCAGUGCUUAUCUGAGAAUUUCUACAUACGCGGGGAUGGAACCUGUGUUUAUUUUUUCACAAAAGAAGAAAUUCAUGAUUUAUUUUCCAAAGCUGGACUGGAAGAAAUUAUGAAUUUGGAGGACAGACGGCUACAAGUGAACCGUGGAAAGAAAGUUGCAAUGCACCGUGUGUGGAUGCAGAGCAAAUAUAGGAAACCAGAUCCACAUUCAGCAUUAUAAAUCUUCGCCAUGCACAGCUGUAUCUUUUUAUAUUCUUUUACUAUUUAUUCAUUUAAUCUUGCUAAUUAUCAUUUUGUGGGUAAAUGUGUGGUGCAGCCAAAUACAUUAUUAUAUAACGUUACGAAAAAUGCUGUCAAAUUACCUGCUGUGUUUUUUGUCUUACUGUAUGAAUAUUAAGGGAAGAUUAUGUUGACUGUACUCAGAAACCUUUGCAAGGACUUCAAGGUAUUGGAGGACACUGAACGUGCAUUAGACUUCCACAUUGUAAUUUUGAAAGUAAAAAUUAUUUAAAUGUAGGCCCAUAAUUUUCAUCACAUUAUACAGUUGCCAGUUUCUUUCUAAUAUAAAGAAGAAAAAGUUGUAAAAGAUAAAAAAAAAUUUACCGCCAUAUCAUCGCAAGAAUUAUAACUUCAUAUCAUAGUUAUAUGACCUAGUGUUUUGAUAUAUCAUCUAAUAAUAUAACUUUGCGAUAAAAUUGCAAUGUAUGAUGGCCCUGAUGUGCAAAACACAUCAACAAGACAGACAGCAUAACUUUUUUUUUAAGUUACACAUUUAAUAAAUAUUACAGAAAACAAAAAGAAUAGAUAACUAACAACAAAGGACACUUAAUUUACCAAACAAAACCUUUUUUUUUUUAUCCAACAAAAAAAUUUAAGUUAACAGACAAAACAGUAAAGAGUGUAUGGAAGUACAUAAAAUAGGCUUUGGAAUAAGGAUGGCUGUAGUGUUUUCUAUUUUAUUGAAGUGUUUUCUGUUGUGAAUGUUUCUUGAAUUUAGCUGUGCAUCUCUUUUGUGUGUGUUUUAUUUAAUUAUAUAUUGCUUUGGUUGUUUUUUAAGUUUUGUGGAAUAUUGUCUUUUUUAUACCUUAUUUUAUAUCAGAUCAGAAACUGUAAUACUUUAUAUGGGAUCCCAACCUUUUGUAACUGAGGUGAACUAUUGUAUUAUAUAUACUUGUGUAUU